CUACAGUACGUGAACUCAAGUCGAAGCCAUAAGGUAGUGGGGUAUUUCGCGAUAGAUGGAAAAAUGAUUGGCCCAAGGCCUGGGCAGGGAUUUAGAUGGACCGACGCGUCGUUGAACGCGUCGCCAUCUCAACUUCUCAAGACCUUGGUGUCAAUACAUUUGAACAGCCAAUUCUACUAAUCAACGUCAAACUCGACGCACGUCUUCCUCGACGACUAUACCCCUUGCUCGAUAUUUCUCUGAACAUAACACGCCGCCAUGUCAGAUUACGAGGACGAGAUGGACGUGGACAGCACCGCGCCAUCCCACGACAUUGCCUUCUCGUCCGCAGCCAAGCAAGGCAAGCGUAGUGCGGCAAACUUGCCAAUUGAGGCAGAAGAUAAUCUGCCAUGGGUCGAGAAAUACCGCCCCUCGACACUGGCCGACGUGAGCGGCCAUCAAGACAUCCUCUCUACGAUCAACAAAUUCAUCGACACAAACCGCCUCCCCCAUCUCCUUCUCUACGGGCCUCCUGGCACAGGCAAGACGUCCACCAUCCUCGCGCUCGCGCGGCGCAUCUAUGGCGAGGCGAACAUACGACAAAUGGUUCUCGAACUCAACGCGUCUGACGACCGUGGUAUCGAUGUGGUGAGGGAGCAGAUCAAGACAUUUGCCAGCACAAAACAAAUCUUCAACAUGGCAGGCGGGGCGGGCAGCAAAGGGAUGGCAGGCUACAAGCUGAUCAUUCUGGACGAGGCGGACGCCAUGACAAACACGGCGCAGAUGGCUCUCCGGAGGAUCAUGGAGAAGUACACUGUGAACACGCGGUUCUGCGUCAUUGCGAAUUACGCGCACAAGCUGAGCCCCGCGCUGCUCAGUCGGUGUACUCGAUUCCGCUUCAGCCCUCUAAAGGAGGGCGACAUUCGGGUGCUGGUGGAGAAGGUCGUGGACGAGGAAAAGGUGCAGAUUGGCGGCGAGGCGGUGGACGCUCUCAUCAAGCUGAGCAAAGGGGACAUGCGACGGGCGCUGAACGUGCUGCAGGCGUGCCAUGCGUCGAGCACGCCGCUGCGCGAGCCAGGCGCGCCCAAGGUGCCGGACAGUGAGAUACAGCGGGAGAUGAUCACCACAGAAACCAUCUACAACUGCAUAGCAGCGCCGCCGCCCGAUGCCGUCAAGGAGAUCAUGGCGACGCUGCUGAAGACGUCGGAUGUCACGAGCUGUCUGAAUACGGUCAACUCGCUCAAGACAGCACGGGGGCUGGCGUUGGCCGACAUCAUCACAGCGCUGUCGGAGGAGCUGGUCAAGCUGGAGGUCAAGCCGCAAGUCAUGAUAUCGUGGCUGGAGGGUCUGGCGGACAUUGAACACAGGGUCGCGGGCGGAGGCAGUGAGGUUGUGCAGACCGGAGCCAUGGUGGGAGUCAUCAGGAACGGGGUUGAACUGAUGGAGAAGAGCUGAACGUCUAGCAGCAGAUCUAAAAGGCUUGCUGGGAGUUGCGGAUGAGAUAGUGCGAGAGCACCAGGAUAUGUGAAAUCUGGUAACAUUGCAUGUUUUCAGAAACGUGGGAAUGAAUAUGGCUUGCACUGCCAAUUGUUGCUGCUUUCCGUACAUGUGAUCGCCUCCGUGAUACUAGUAUCACGAGUGGUGUUGCCCGCCCAUUCGAGCUGCAGCGGCUGUCUCAUCAAAAGUGACUUAACAUUGA